CAGGCAUUGUGUACAAGUUUGGCCUCUCUACAAGUUUCUAAAGGCACCGCUCUCAUCCAGUAUGUUGAUGACCUCAUGAUUUGCGCACCCACAGCAGAACAGUGUGAGGCUGAUACUAUUGCUUUGUUAAUGCACCUCGCAGCCGAGGGUCACAAGGCCAGUUUGUCUAAACUCCAAUAUGUACAAAGAACAGUUACAUUUUUGGGUCAUGUCAUUUCAGGAGAGGGGAAAACGCUUUCAGAUAAGCGUAUUGCAUCAUUGGCUGCUCUGCCAAAACCUGUCACUAAGCGACAGAUGAUGUCAUUUUUGGGUUUUUGUUCAUACUGCAGGUCAUUCAUUCCAAACUAUUCUCCAAUCGAAUUGCCACUGCGUACUAUCACGCACAUCACUGGUUUGAAACCUACAGAUCACCUUAUAUGGACACCGGAAGCCGACGAAGCCUUCAUUAAAAUGAAGCUGGCUCUCCAAUCCCCACCGACUCUAAGUCUACCUGAUCACACUAAACCUUUCACUCAGGCAGUGGAUGAACGACAUGGGUGUAUGACCUCAGUUCUCCUUCAAGAUCAUGGAGGAAAACAGAGGCCUGUUGCCUAUUUUUCCUCCAAGCUAGAUCCUGUAGCUGCUGGCCUGCCUAAAUGUCUAAGUGCAGUGGCUGCUGCUGAGAAAGCGCUCAACACCUCACGUGACAUUGUGGGAUAUGCACCUUUGACCCUGUUAGUUCCACAUGCUGUUUCACUCAUCCUCUGUGAACAGAGAACAUCACACCUCUCUGCUGCACGUUACCUUAGGUAUCACACAUGCCUGUUAGACAUGCCUAAUGUUUAUGUCAAGCGAUGUAACACUCUGAAUCCAGCAUCUCUUAUGCCUUUGCCUGAAGACGGUGACGAACACGACUGUGUUGCCGAACUUUCCAUUGUGUGCACACCUAGACCGGACUUAAAAGACGUUCCUCUGACCAACGCGGACCUCAUUUUGUAUGUUGAUGGGUCUGCCUCUCGUGACCAAGGGGGCACUAAUCGGGUGGGUUUUUCUGUUGUUUCAGAUUCUGCUGUACUCCGUUCUGGACCACUUCCAUGUCACCUCUCAGCACAAGCAGCAGAGCUCAUCGCACUAACUGAAGCCUGCACGUUUGCAGAAGGCAAAACCACAUCCGACGUCAGGUAGCCGCAGCCUUGCCUACCCCUGCCACUGGUCCACUUCACCAUCUCCAACCCGGCGACUUCGUGCUGGUCAAGGAUUUCCGGAGAAAGAGCUGGAAAUCCAAUCGUUGGCAAGGUCCC